AUGCGAAAGAGACAUAGAACGGUUCUCUCGUGUGAUAGGUGCAGAACUAGAAAGAUCAAAUGUAUUUCGUCUGGACAGCAGCAGCCGUGCGAAACAUGUGUUCGGUUGAAAAAGGAAUGCACGUACACCAAGUCCAUGGAGACGAUAGAGAUUGCCAGAUUGAAGAAGCAAAACAAGAAAAAACCACAAAAGAAUCAAGAUCCGAAUGUGCUCCCUCUGCUCAUUGAUCCGAGUGGAAUUAAUGUUCAAGCAUUGCAGAACGAAGCUUUGCAAAAUGAGGCAGUGCCCCGUGAACGUGAACGCAAACGCGAGCGUGAAUGCGUGGCUUCGACACAACCUUCUGCUGAAUCGCUGCCCAACAGUUUCCAAGAAAUCCUACAAAUUAAAUGCAAAAUAGCAGAGCUAGAGAAAAUGAUUGACCGUAGUGGCUCAGACGGGUUGGAGGCCGAGGCCAAGAGCAAUGGGGCUAAUGGCGUCAAUGGGGCCAAUAGGGCCAAAAGUGCACGUGUGCAGAUGAUUCCAGCAGGAGAAAUCAACUUUAGCUACUGCUUUAAAGAUUGGAAACCGUUGCCCUUGAGCCAUAGACCAUUUCCAUACAUGUUGCUAAUGAGACGGGACUCAGGUGCAAAACUCAUUUGGCAAUAUAUGGUUACCAAGGCGAACAAAAAGCGCAACAUUUUCGAUUUUUCGCAACUAUUGAUAGACUUGCCCGAGGAAAAGAUGAACGAGCUACGGACCAAGGCCAGGAUAGUUUUUGGAGAGGCGUAUGUUCCAGGAACGGACGAACCCACAGUUCCACAGGAUUUGCUGAGAUUAAAGGCAAUCAUCGGCAUGAAUGACAGGGGGUUAACGUUUGUGCCUCCCGGCAUCGAUUUCAAUGAUCCCAUAUCGUCUUACUUUAACUUGAUUCCACCUGCAUGGGUCAAUAAGAAAUUACUCAACAUCUUCUUCAAGCAGUUGUACCCUUUUGUUCCAAUCAUUGACGAGUUGGAAUUCAGGUCAACAUUGAAUCGAAUCAUGGGUCCCGAGCUCAACGAUAAUUACAUGAACACUUUCCCCAAUGUAGACUCGUCCAAUGAUUUGGCCAUUUUGGCUAUACACUUGAUCAUGUUGCGACUAGCAUACUUGUCCCUCUUGGACAUGAAGGGACAAGGAUCAUCGCCACUAGUGGCACACCCGGUCUCCUUUGAUGCAUUUAGAGCUGCGGAGACCAUCAUGAAGGAAUUUGAUUUUUCUCGGCGACAGAGCUUGCCCAUAUUACAAGCGGGAUUGAUGCUUCGUGUUUAUUUGAUUAUGUCUCCGGAGAAUAUCAUUACUGGAGCAGCUACCCAGAUCACAAUGGGAUCUAUUAUACAGUUGUGCUACUCGAUUGGGUUGAACCGAGAUCCAGAAUGCUACAACCACAAGCUGGCGAAAGAUUUGAAUCUAAAGAGGAAAAUCUGGCACUAUAUCGUGAUGAUGGAUAUCCUCAACUCGUUGGUGUUCAACACCACGUUGUCAACCGACGUGGAGACGUCAGACUGCAGGCUACCGGAGUUUUCCAGCGAAGGCGCUAACUGCUCCGACCUACGAUUGGAAAACGAUGUCAUAACAAGCUUCCACCGAUACAGUUAUUUGUUCCAGUUGAGUCGCAAAUUGGCCAGCUUCCACUUGCAAGUCAACAAGAACAUACGAGUAGAGGAAGUGAUUCAGCUUUUGUCGGAUAUUGAGGUAGAGCGGCAACGAACAUUGGGCAAAAGCUCCAAAUUUAUAUUCAGCCAAGCCAGCUCGGGUUUUUUGGCGUUGUUGAAUUUGAAAAUUUUCAUUCAGGUGAGUUUCAUCCUUGCUUACACUUAUUUCACCUUGUACCUGUAUUACGAGGCCUUGGAUGUGCCUCAUUACCAAACUGAGUUUUUCAAGAAGACCAUGUACAUAUUUUUGAAAGAUCUUGAAGAACUCAACACGUUUCUUUUCCAUUCACAAAACCAAAAUGCCGAGAUCUUAGUGCUCGCGCCGUUUGCGCAAACGUUUCUUCAUUUCAGUGCCGUUGUAUUUGGCAGUCUCCGAAUGAGGCUCAAUUGCAACAUCAAAUUGCUCGAGCAGAACGGCGACAUAUCUCAGCUCCACACUGCAAGGAAGUUGGUCUCCCAGUUGCGGAUUUUCAAUCACUGUCAAACAAAGCUCAUUGGAGAUAUUUCGACAAGGUACAGGUACUCAUUGAUGUUGAGACGGGUGCACCUCACCGUGUUUAGAAUGAUGGAGCAAGGCAUGUGCGAGAUGCUCGACAGCAGGCUCCAGACAUUAUAUGAAACCUCUGCAUUGAGACUCCCGCGGGAUAUUUUGGAGCGGUUUAGCCAGCUUCUCGAGUCGCAUAUACCCAACUUGGCUCAUCGACACGGGGACUUGUUUGAACCAACGGAUGAAGAGUUGGUGAUGGAGCUACAACGGGAGAAUCUAUGGAAGCAGUUGAAGAAAAUUCAAACUGAAGAGAUGCUCACGAGUUCCUGGAUCGACAAGACAAAGCGAUUCCACAGGCUUACCCUGGACUUUGAGCUCAACUAUUUCAAUUUCAACCUUGAUUUUUUGAAUUUAAACGAACCGAAUUUCUUCAAGGGGUGA